UUUGUAUCAGUGUAGUGUUUAAAAAGACUGACACACGACGGACACGACAGCUGUUUCUUGAUCAUCAUUCCUUUCUCUUGCAUACAUUGCUACUUUGUUUUUGUGGUAUUUUCAGUAGGAGUUAUACUAUACUGUUUUUUCAAUUCGGUUUAUUCGCGUUGAAAGAGAUUUCGAAGGCUGUUUGCACCUACGUGAACUCUCAAACCAAACAAAUAUCAGCAACACCGUCAACGCGAAUGGACGCAAUUGAGUAAUUUUCGCUUUAAAAGUUACCUGUGUAUUCAAAUAACGUUCAAGACUUUUGUAUUUAAAAUUUUGUGUAAAGAAUGGCGAGAAAUAUUUUAGCCAGUAGUUUACAAAACGCUUCAUUCAGUAUCAUCUUUCAGAUAUUUUGUAGGUGCAUCACAUUCGCUAUAAAUGCCUUCAUUGUUCGAAGUAUCGGACGAGAUGUCCUUGGUAUUACCAAUGUACGAUUACUUCUUUUGGAAAGUACUCUUUUAUUUUUAUCAAAAGAAGCAAUUUUCCGGGCAGCCCUAAGUUCGAAACAUAAUAAACAUUGUAAUUGGGCCCAGCUAAUAAAUCAACUGUGGAUAACAGUUCCGAUUUGUUGUCUUCUUUCUAUACCUUGUCUUUACAUAUGGCUUCGAUGGCUGUCAGCAGUAGAAGAUCAUUUCUACGUCCAAUACAGAUUCGGAUGCUACGCUAUAGCAUUCUCCUGCAUCAUAGAACUUUUUGCGGAAGUGCCAAUUUUUGUUUCUCAGGUGUUCUGUUUUGUCAAGCUAAAAGUAGUUAUGGACACCACACACAUUUUUAUUCGGUCAUUUGUCUUUAUCGCAAUUGUACUGCUUAACAAAACAAUAACUAUCUACGCUUUCGGAAUUGCUCAAAUUAUAAGCGCACUUACAAUUAUAGUUGGAAACUAUGGAUUUUUUUACGUGUAUAUUCCACGUUUAGACCACUAUCGAAUAGAGUCCAAAAAGGUGGAUGAUAAGUAUGAAUUACGAAAAACUUUCGGGAACCACUACGAAAAUAUGGAUGAUUUUCCAUUUCAAUCAAUUAAGGAUAUGUUUCCGGGAUCUCUUCCAAAUCCGAAUCCCACAUUCAACUCAGAUCUGAAGCUUCUAGUAUUGAGUUUUGCCAAGCAAGGUAUUUUGAAGCAAGUUUUGACUGAAGGAGAGAAAUAUGUCAUGUCUGUAAGCCCUGUUCUGACGUUCAGUGAACAAGCUACCUAUGACGUUGUAAAUAACAUGGGUAGUCUAGCUGCCCGAUUCAUUUUUCGUCCAAUCGAGGACAGCAGCUACUUCUAUUUCACACAGACGAUCGCCCGCGACGUUGAUCUUUCUCAACAAAAUCAAAAAAAAGUGAACGAAGCUUGCUUGGUAUUAUCAUAUGUGUGUAAAACUGUUACAUCCAUUGGAUUGUUGGGUCUUGUGUUUGGACAAAGUUAUUCAGGAACUAUUUUAUUGCUUUAUGGUGGAGCAGAUUUUGUCGAAGGUGGAUUGCCAGAAGUUCUAUUGCGAUGGCAUUCGUUAGCUAUUGUACUAUUAGCCAUCAAUGGUGUUACAGAAGGGUAUAUGUUUGCCACAAACACAUCGAAACAGAUCGAUACAUAUAACUAUUACAUGGCUGUUUUCUCUGUAGCAUUUCUAAUGCUUUCAUAUAAACUGACAAAUUGGAUAGGCCCAGUUGGUUUCAUAUUGGCCAAUUGCUUCAACAUGGGAUGUCGUACCAGCUAUAGCCUGUACUAUAUAUACACAAAUUUCAGGAAAAUAGGACUUAAUCCAUUAUCAAGUUUUCUUCCAGGUUCUAUGUUUCUUGUCGUUUUAAUCACUUGCGGUUUUGUUUGCAAAAUUUCCGAAUCUUACUUCAGAGGUCAUUCAAUAUUAUAUCACAUGCUUAUUGGUGUCCUAUGUAUUAGUGUUAGUUUGUUAACAUGGAGCUUUGAAAAUAGACAACUUUUGCGAACUGGAUUAACCAAGUACCGAGAACGAAAACUAAGUCUCACUUACGACUCGAAUUAAACUUUGUAGUUAAUGUUCUUAGUAACGUUCAAGUUAUCUUCCCCGAUUUCUCUGUUGUAUAUUUCUUUUUUCUCCAGCUGAAAAUGUGUAAUAUACAAUUUUUAUUCAAAAGCAAUUGGCUGUGUUUUUUAAUUUUUCAGUUGUUCAGUUGUUGAACCAGGGUAGUUAGUUUAUUUGAAACUGCAUAACUUGUAAGAUAUAAUAUUUUUCAUUUUAUAGAGCCCAGUAUGUAAAUUUUGUUUUGUAUUCAUUUUGAUUUGUUAUUAGAGAAUACACCAAAGAAUGCAAGAAAAUUGUUUAUGAUCCUUGAAUUAUUGUGUUGUUUGUAAACAUAGACUAUAGACAUGGAUUUCAGUUCAUUAACUAUUAAAUGGUUACCAUGACUCGGCGCACAAAAACUCAGAUUUUUUUUCUUCCAACCAUUUAAUGCCUAUAUCUAGCAAUUUCUAAAAACGGAAGAGGAUUUUUCUCAAUCACUAAUCAGUAGAAACAACUAUGUGGAUUGCAGAAUAUUGAAAUAGUUAUAGAAUAUUAAAAUACACAGUGACAAAUUUGCUAAAGUGUACGCUGAAAAAAAAUCACACGCUCCUACCAAAUGCUCUUUGCAUUGAAUACUAAUGAACCAACCCAAUAAAUUUAACAUGUCGAACCAUAUUAAUUUUUAAUGAAAUUCACAGUAUUUUGGCAUUUGACGUGUUUUAGCAUUGAAAUCCGAGUGUAAGAAGAUUGUUUUUGGUAUGCAUAACAUGCAAACCGAAGUGAUUUUGUGCUGUGAACUGAAAGGCAAGUGUAUUCCACGUAGAUAUGAAAUGUUUCAUCUAUUAGCACAGAACUAACGUGUCGAUUUUUUCUAGUGUAGUCAUUAUUUUUAUUUGACUAUAACAUCUGAAACUGGACGAGUUUUUUAUGAAUAUUAUAAAUGUGUUUAAUAUUUUUAAAAUCCGUACCCAACCCGAACACGGAACUUUAAUUUCUGUUAAACCUCACAUAAGACCCUAAAUGUUAUGGUUUGUUAAACCCGAUGAUUUGUUUUCGGGUUGUUUUGAUUUUAUACAUCAAUUUUAGUCUGUCCUAAAGCUUUAAAUCUCGAUUGUCUUUGGAUCGACGCUAUAAAUGAAGCUUCGCACCACAGAGCCGAUCUUUUGUACAAGAAGGUCCAGACGGCUCCCAAUCGCAGUUUUUUGAAGUAGAAUACUUCUCUCAGGAAGUUCGGCUACAUAGGGAUGUGAAAUGAAAAUCUAAAAUCGAAAAAAAUGAAAAAUAUGUCCAAUUUCAAAUGCUAAUAAAUCGGUUAGUAUUCGAUGGAUUUCCUUCGUUCUUGCAGCAAUAGAUUGCAAAAUCUUCUAAGAUUCUUCCCAAAUGAAGAUAACUGUAAUUUUAUUAUUCAAACUAUUGUACUAUUGAAAAAAGUCAAGCCUUGUCAAAACGAAAAAUUCGACCUCUGACUGGUCGUUAUAUGAUUGCUUCCCAAGCACAGUUGACAGAAUCAUAUACCUUGCAGUUUAAAACAUGCUAUUUGGCCUAUAUAAGAGUCUGUUUUAGCCGAAGCCGCUCAUAAUAGUUCUAGACAGCGACAACAGCAGUCAUCCUUUAGCAGCAGCAGUAGCAAUGAAGUGGAUGCCAGCGAUAGCGGAAAGCGGCCACAGCUGUGGCAUAGCAAUGGGUAGCGCUUAGCGGGUUAUCUUUCUUGUAAAAGUAUUCUACUUCAACCUUGCGGUCGUGGCUUUGCACACAACCUUCCUGUGAUUUUUUUCACCCUUUUUAUUACAAAAGCUUCGACGAGCAACACAUGGUCGAAUGGAAUCUACUCGACUUCUGUAUAAGGGCCAUGAUUUUCGGAGCGUGAACGCGAAUAUGGGAAUGUUUGCGGAAAAAUUUCUCUAUUUAUGUUUCACGAAAAAAAAGACUCGUAAACACAGAACUAUUUUUCAUGACUACAUUAUUUUCGAUAAUGUAGCAUAUAUUUUUCAACAUUCAAUGAGUUUCAAUAGUUCUUACGUUUUCAGUUUUGCUAUCGAAGAGUUAGGACCUAUAGACAAACUGAAAAUUAUAAUUUGCACUACUGUUUCUAUUUUUUAAACUGAGUUUCUGUAGGAUCUGUAUAGUAUUUAUGUCCUGCUUAUGUACUCUUUGCACGACUUAUACAUGAAAUAUAAUAUUUUUACCUUUCGUCAAAUACGCAAAACGACUCAACAAUGGCAAGAUUCUACGACCAGCAAGAUUUUCUUUAGAAAAUUGCCUUCGUAGAAGCUUGAAGAAGUUUUGUAUUCAUUUUGAUUUGUUAUUAGAGAAUACACCAAAGAAUGCAAGAAAAUUGUUUAUGAUCCUUGAAUUAUUGUGUUGUUUGUAAACAUAGACUAUAGACAUGGAUUUCAGUUCAUUAACUAUUAAAUGGUUACCAUGACUCGGCGCACAAAAACUCAGAUUUUUUUUCUUCCAACCAUUUAAUGCCUAUAUCUAGCAAUUUCUAAAAACGGAAGAGGAUUUUUCUCAAUCACUAAUCAGUAGAAACAACUAUGUGGAUUGCAGAAUAUUGAAAUAGUUAUAGAAUAUUAAAAUACACAGUGACAAAUUUGCUAAAGUGUACGCUGAAAAAAAAUCACACGCUCCUACCAAAUGCUCUUUGCAUUGAAUACUAAUGAACCAACCCAAUAAAUUUAACAUGUCGAACCAUA